UUAUAUGGCCUGUCGACGUGGAGUUGGCCCCGGAUGGCACCGUGGCUGGGAACUUCAUCAAGGACGACGAAAUACACGACAUACUCGUGGACCACACGCCACCAGGCGCGCACUUCAUGAUGAUAUUCGAUUGCUGCCAUCGGGCACCGCGGCAGGUGCGCCCACAACAUAUCAAUCUGCCGAAUUCCAGUAGCAAAGAGCCUCCGCCCAAGAGCGUUCGCGUGCGAGCGACGGAUCACGAUGAUUCCGUUGUACCAUUACAAAGCGUCGCUCCAGAGAAACAUCACAGGACACCCGUAAGGCACAAAAUCGACGGGCCCGAUGUGACAUCAUGGUCUGCAUGCGCGGACGACGAGACAACUCCCGAGGGUAAUAGUGGUGGCAUGUUUCUCAAAGUAUGUGCCGCACGCAGCCUUGGGUCUCCAGUCAUUGACGUCUUCCGCAACGACCAGGCUUUCUACAGAGCUCUAAGAAGACAUAAAGACGCUACGCGUGGAGAAUUACUGAAUGAUAUCGCUGAAAUAGUCAAAACCAAAGUCGACAAGCACAAUCAGAGCCUGUCGAGAAUACAUGGCAGAAAUUGUAUUGCAUCGGACUGUCGGGGAGGUUGUUCGACAGACGACCUAUCAAUUGGUCUACCGACCCCUGAGGUAAGCGAAUGUUUGUACGUAUCAUUCUCAAACAGGACUGAUCUGGACGGACUAGCUGGCGUCAACUACGUCUUUGGUCGAUACGUACGAGGCACAUGUCCUCGACGAGGAUUAUCCAGACUGAGUUACGCUACGCAGAGUGCCAUGCUCGCUCAGUCGGAAGGAUGGCAUUCUCGGUUGCAGGCACCACAGUGACCACACCAGUGCCGCAGUUUGCGUGUUAUGCGCUGCCCGCUGCGUACCGGACAAUCCGUGGACUCAAGGCGUACUACUACCACGCGGACAUUCAGUUAGGAUUUGCUGGUGUUACUUAUUAUUAUCGACUAUAUAAGUGCAGUUCGUUCCCUGGGCCUAGAUGCACUUCGACCAACCUCAAAGACUCCCAAUGAACUCGU